GGCAGGCGGGCGGCGGCCCCGGGGGAGGGCGGGUUCUGCCGGCACACGCCGCCCCUGGCAAGCGGCCUGAGCGCACCAAGCUGCCGCCGCCGCCGCCGCUCCUCGGUCUGGCCCGGAUCCGGAGAUUCCCGGAGCGCUCGGCAUGGAUGCGGCUUCCCUGGCCGGCCCCUUGGCCCUAUAGGGGGCCGCCCUGCGCAGCCCCGGGCUCUGGCCCGGAUCCCGUCGGAUCCCCCGGCCCCGCUCGCCGCGCUCCGCUUCCCCAGCUAGCCGGGAUCCUGGGCGCACUGCGCCGUCACCCCCGAGGUGUCCGUCUUCGUCCGUCCCUCCUGGGGCCGGCGCUGACCAUGCCCAGCGGCUGCCGCUGUCUCCAGCUUGUGUCCCUGCUGUGGAUCCUGGGGGCAUCCGGACAGCCCACCCAUGCUGAUGACUGUAGUUCCCACUGUGAUCUGGCCCACGGCUGUUGUGAGCCUGACGGCACGUGCAGGUGUGACCCUGGCUGGGAGGGAUUACACUGUGAGCAAUGUGUCAGGAUGCCUGGCUGCCAGCAUGGGACCUGUCACCAACCCUGGCAGUGUAUCUGCAGUAAUGGCUGGGCAGGCAAAUUCUGUGACAAAGAUGAGCAUAUCUGCACCAAGCAGCCACCCUGUCAGAAUGGAGGGAAGUGUGUCUAUGAAGGGGAUGGAGAAUACCACUGUGUGUGCCCACCAGGCUUCCACGGGCACAACUGUGAGCGCAAGACUGGGCCCUGUGAGCACGCUGGAUCUCCUUGCCGGAAUGGUGGGCAGUGCCAAGAUGAUCAAGGCUUCGCAGAGAACUUUACAUGCCGCUGCUUGGCAGGCUUUGUGGGUCCACGCUGUGAGGUCAAUGUGGAUGACUGCCUAAUGAGGCCCUGUGCCAAUGGUGCCACCUGUCAUGACGGCAUCAACCGCUUCUCCUGCCACUGCCCCAAAGGCUUUGCUGGCCGAUUCUGCACUGUCAACCUGGAUGACUGUGCCAGCCGACCGUGCCAGCAUGGUGCCCGCUGCCGGGACCGAGUCCAUGACUUUGAUUGCCUCUGCCCUGAUGGCUUUGGGGGCAAGACAUGUGAGAUUGUUCUCCCAGCCCUGGACCUGCCUACAGAGCCAGACAGUGCCCCUGGACCCACCCCUGCAGCCGUGGUUCCUUUCACAGUACCAGCCCCCUUCAGUGUGGGCGCAGGGCUACUGAGGAUCUCAGUGAAGGAGGUAGUACGGCGACAAGAGGCAGGGAUAGGGGAUUCAAGCCUGAUUGUUUUGUUCAUAUUUGGGGCCAUCACUAUUACUGGGGUCUUUGGCACAGGGCUGGUGAUUUUUUGGGUACGACGCCAUGGCCACUGCCCCACUGGGCCUUGCUGCUGCCCUUAUCACCAGUAUGCCCCACCCCCUGAGCGACAUGACCAGGAGUGCCAGGUCAGCAUGCUCCCGGCUGGGAUCUCCCCUCCACCUGACUUCCCAUCUGAGCUUGGCAAGACCACGGCAUUGUGAUGAGGGUUGGAGGGGGUCAGAAUGGGGCUCCCUCUCCAUCUCCUUCCUCUUCUCACAUCUCCUCCCCUUCAGAGACCAUUGUGGGUUUCCCCAGCCCCACCCCCUGCCCCCGAGGUGUCUUAGCCUCACACCAGAAAUGCUAUUUUUUUAAAUACACAAAUAUUGUUCAAGAGAAGUUUUAUCAAAUAAAAUUACAAAAAAUGACAGUGAGUGAUAAGUCAUACUCCCAGGGCUCCUGGCCCCAGUGGGGCCAACCUGUAGCCCCAGUCCAAGGGAAGAUAAAUCACAGGUCCAAGUCCUGGCCUAGGAAGAGCUCUCCUCCAAUACCAUCGGCUCACUGAAGAGUAUCCCGUGACACCCAUCUUCCUGUGCUUCCUGGGCUUCUGUGCCAGGGCUGCUUGGGGAAUAUGAGAAGGACCUGGUGCCUCCUGGGGCCGGGUGGCCUUGCAGAUGAAGGGGAGAGUAAACAGCUGUUCAUCACCUGAGAGUAAAAGCCCCAAACCAUCCCAAAAGGAGAGGAAGGUGACUACUGAGGAAGACAGAAGACAUCAUUCCAGAAGAGGCAAGGUCACUGCUGGCUGUUUUGUAGCAGCUGCUGGAACAGUGAGUAGGGCCGACUUCGAAGGGCAGCUGGCGUGUCCAUUUCAGCCACCCUUCCUGCCUGUAGCACCAGCACCCGAUCUGAAUUCAAGAUUGUGUUGAGCCUAUAAGGCAGGUGAAGGUGGGCACAGGGUGACUUUGGGAAUGGGUGAUCUUUUACUGUCUCAUUCCACAAUACUCUCAGGCAUCAGAUUUCACCCACCCACACCAACUGAAUGGCAAGUUUCCAUUGUUGAGGUAAAUGGGAAGAGGAGGAGAAGGUUGCUUAGUGACUCAGUUUCUCCCAGGGCAAGACAGUUCCCACCUUUGGUGCUUCACCAGUAUCUGACAGGAAAGGGACAGGAGCCCAAGAGGAGAUAAAGAUAGUUCUCCUUGCUAACUUCUGGGCAGUCCUCCAGAGGAAGGAAGGAAUAUUGUAAUAUCCCCCCUCAAAGGAACCUUCGACAUUAUUGUCAUUUCUUUUCUUUCCCCAUCACACUUAAGAGGAUUUCCCUAGACACCUCUAUUACACAUCCAUACCUAUGUGCAAUGGUCAGAACAGUCUUGUUAGCAAAUCGGUUACAAAUUGUUUGUUGGAGCAACUGGUCUGUCUUCUGGUCCACACUGGCUGUGGCCUCAUCAAUGCACAGGAUCUGGGAGAGGGGGAGAUGGGCUUGUGUUUACCCUGGAUCCUGACCUAGUAGCCUCCCACCCCACCUUUAGCCUCCUUGUCUCAGCUCUGCACUGGAGGGCUGAGGUCUAGAGAAACAAACCCUCUCAUAGUCUUCCUGAUAAUCCAAGAGGGUUCUGCCAUCACUCUUUCAAAGGCCACCCUUCUGCCCCUCUCAAAACCCAUUCCUUACCUUGGCAUCUGUAAGGAGAGCUCUGGCCAAACACAGUAGCUGCCUCUGCCCUAGCGAUAAGCGCCUGCCCCCUUCACCCAGCUCACCAUCCAAGCCACCUGUUGGGCACAAACAUUUUCACCCAAGAGGUCUGCCCUUCUCCCAGACACUACCCCCUCCCUCCUGACUUCAUAAGAUCUCCCUUACCUCCAGGAAGAGGCCUAUCCUUGGUCAGGUUCUCUCACCACCCAGCACUCACCCAGGGGAGUGAUCACUUCACUCAGGUGGCACUCUUCCAAUGCCUGCCACAGCUUCUCAUCCUCAUGGUGACCCAGAGGGUCCAGGUUUUCUCGUACUGUGCCACUGAACAGAAAGGGCUCCUGAGGGAUGAUGGCCAGCUGAGACCUGGAUGGCAGAGAAGGAAGCAAAUGGUAUGAUCUGAUCCAGUCUCAGGGACCCCAGGUACCUUCUAGUUGGCCCAAAAGUCCAUUCCCUCCAUGAGAGCUUGAAGCUCUUUAAUUCCUACCUAUGAAUCAAUCGAUCAAUGGGUAUUUACUGGGAGACAACAUAGUGUAGUGGAAGAAUCCUGGAUUUGGAGUCACAGACUUGGUGCUUUUUAAAAAAACCCUUAUCUUCUGUCUUAGAAGCAAUAGUAUGUAUUGUGUGUAUGUAUAAGCUUAGAUGAGGCCUUGAAGAGGAUCAACUGGCUAGAAGGGAGAAAGGGAGGCAUUCUGAAGUAGAGGGACCAACAAGAACCAAGAGAGAGUCCACAAUGAGCAUGGCAAGGCUCUCAGAAGGUUGAGACUGGCCUGAGUCAAGGAAAGGGAAGAAAUAGAAAAUAAAUGGCUAAGUGGGGUUUGGGUCAGCCUUGAAAACCAAGCCUGGGAGUAUUGAUUUGAUAGAGACAUCAAUCUCUAGCACUAAGCAUAAUGCCUGGCAAAUAAGAGAUUUAAAACAUGCUAAUUGAUUGACUAAUUAUCUUUUUUUAAAACCCAUACUUUCUGUUUUAGAAUUGAUACUAAGAAUCAGUUCCAAGGCAGAAGAGCCAUAUGGGUUAGGAAAUGGGGGUUAAGUGACUUGCCCAGAAUUAUACAGUUGAGACAUAUAUGAGGCCAGGUUUGAACCCUGGACCUCUGGUCUCCAGGUCUGACUAUCCAUUUGAGCUACCUAGAUGCCCUCUAAUUAUAUCUCUUUGUCCAGAUGUUCUUCCGUAUUUUUUAACUUCUAUUCCCCUCACAACACCAAUCAGCCUUUCUUAUUUCCCAGCUUCAUCAAAGUGCCCUACUCCCAUUCUUCUCUGUCUUCCAAGCCCCAUCCCAGGCCUCUAAGCUGAUUCUGUAGUCCCAGGGGCCAGAGCACUCUCCCUCCCUUCUGCCAUGGCAGCCUCAACCCCAACUUCACCUGAGAUCUGACAAGCCCAGCAAGCUGGUGUCCACACCGUCUAGGAGUAUAUGUCCAGCACUGGGCUCCACCAGUCGGAACAGUACCAACAGCAGAGAAGACUUUCCAGAACCUGUCCGGCCCACAAUGCCUAUCUUCUCCCCAGGCAGCACGCUGAAGGUGACCCCAUCCAAGGCAUUGGGCAGCCCUGGGCGGUAAGCCAAUACCACAUCCUGGAACUCCACGUGCCCCUGUGACAGCCAGCCCACUCCUACCUGUGGUCACCACAGGGAAAGAAGAAAGAAGGGAAAGAGUGAAGAGAUGUGGGCAAGAGUGGUAUAGAGUUGAAAUAAUAAAGCAAAAAUGAAGAGAGAUGAGAGAGGGAUAAUGAGAAAGGAGAGAUGAUGGGGAGAGAGGGAGAAUCUAUGGGAAAGGAUGGCAAAGAGACAUGGUUAGAGAAUGAAGAGGUGUGAAAACAUGAUGUAGGUGGGGAUGGAAAUGAAGACAGAAGGGACAGUAGGAAAGGAGUGAUAAGAAAUGAGGAAGGACAGUAAGAGAUGGCAAGGAGGGAGAGAAGAUGGGAUGGGGAUGAUAGAGAUGGUAAAGAGAAAUGAAGAUGGUAAGAACUGGGAAGAGAGUGAGAGAAACUGAAGAGAAGGGCAGGAUGGGAAGGAGAUGAGGAAAGAUGAGGAGAGAACUGGGGAGAGAAAUGAGUAAAGAUAAGUAAAUGGGGGAAAAAUGGUUGUGGGAAGAUGAGGAGAAAAAUUAUAAGGAAAAUAGUGGGGAAUUAAGAUGAGGUAAAAAAAAAACAGUAGCUUAGCCAGUGCCCUCACAUAACACCCGUGGUACCACCCCACAGGGUUAAACCAAUUUCUAGUUUUCCUUAUUUUUCUCUGGCUCUGUGUCCUGCUCCAUAGUGAGGAGGUUGUCUAGAACUGAACUGGAAGAAAAAAAAAGUUGUGGUUUAUGCUCCAGGGUAGGGCGAAAGGAAGAGGAGCCCAAGCCCCCAUACCUGUAUUUGCUGGUCCUGAGGUUCACUGGGCAGAUCACAAGAAUACUCCUCCAGGCGCUCUACACUCACCAUCAUGGCUUCUGUCUGUGUGAAGCUGCUCACCAGGCCUGAGAGAAGGCCUGUCAAGGAUAAGGCAUAAGACAGUGCCAGGCCUACCAGUCCUAAGAAAGAAAAGGAUUCAGUUGGAGGUCGCUGGCCAAUUGUGGGUCUGGGGCUGACCUGCCUGCUGCUGUUGCUGCCACCCUUAGGCUCCCUACUGAAGGAAGCUGCACAGCAGGGGUGGUAUGUUUGUAUGUACUGGACUUUAAGUUUCUUUUUUUAAUAAUAUUUUAUUUUUCCACUUAAUCACAUGAAAAAAUUUUUAAACAUUUUUAAAAAGUUUGAGCCAAAUUCUCAACCCUCCUUCCUUCACCCCCUCCCUGAGAUGGCAAACAAAUCUGAUAUAGAUUUUAUAUGUGUAAUAGUGUAAAACAUCUUUCCACAUUAGUCAUUUUGUGAAAGACAACUCAAACAAACAAAAGUAAAGAAAUAAAGUGAAA